AGGAGCAAGAGGAGGCUGGGGAAAAGCUGGGGGGAGGGGCAGAAUCCCAGAACCCUUGUGAGGAAUGGGACCCUGAGUUUUCUCCCUGGAGGGGGUGAGGAGGGGUCAGAACACUUCUGCAUACUCCAUGGUGUCAGCGGGCCUCAGUCCCGGGUGGGGGUCAGUGAGGGGAGGAGCUGAACUCUGUGACCCUCGUACCCUGGUCUGUCUCCCAGAAAGGCCUCUUGUGGCUCCAUUAGCACCGGGACGAGGCCGGGCUUUGGGAGUGGCAUGGACAGUUGAGGUGUGUCGGCCCAGUCCUUCCUCCACUGCUUCACGAUGGCCAGCACCGCCUUCAACCUGCAGGUGGCCACCCCUGGGGGGAAAGCCAUGGACUUUGUUGAUGUGACCGAGAGCAACGCACGCUGGGUGCAGGACUUCCGCCUCAAGGCCUACGCCAGCCCCGCCAAGCUUGAAUCCAUUGACGGUGCCCGCUACCAUGCCCUCCUGAUCCCCAGCUGUCCUGGGGCCCUGACCGACCUGGCCAGCAGUGGCUCCCUGGCCCGUAUCCUGCAGCACUUCCGGUCAGAGAGAAAGCCCAUCUGUGCCGUCGGCCACGGUGUCGCCGCUCUGUGCUGUGCCACCAACGAGGACAGAUCCUGGGUGUUCCACGGCUACAGCCUGACAGGGCCCUCAGUGUGUGAGCUCGUCAGGGCCCCCGGCUUCGCCCGCCUACCGCUGGUGGUGGAGGACUUUGUGAAGGAUUCUGGCGCCAGCUUCACUGCAAGCGAGCCUGACGCCGUGCACAUCGUGCUGGACCGCCACCUGGUCACAGGCCAGAAUGCCAACUCCACUGUCCCGGCCGUGCAGAACCUGCUCUUCCUCUGUGGCAGCCGGAAAUGAACCUGCUGGGUAGAUGCACCCCCUGAGACAGCCCACGUGUCUCCAGAGGCAGGCAGCCCGGUCUCGGGCCUCCGGGGACCCCGCCUCGUCCCUCCUGACAAGGAACAUGGAUGCGGCCCCAGAUGGCCGCCCGGUCUCGCCUUAAUGGGACUGUUGGAGGCCUCCUGGAAUCAGCUCUGAGGGGGUGUCAGUCUCCUGGAGGCCCCAACCCCCCAGCCCCCUGCAUGUUCUCCAGUAGGAGGCAGAGAAAAGACCCCAGAUGCCCAGAAGGCUGUGGUAGCUGCCAGGUGGUCCUCGGGAAUGCCAAGCCGGGUGUUCCAGGGAGGACUGGUUGCCAAGUACGGUCACUGUUGACAGAGUCAGCUCCGGGGUCCUCUGUGGGGGCUGGCCCUGUUGUGGCCGCGGGUGGGGGCCUUGAGGGGAGGGAGCCGGCGAGAGGUGGCCCAGAACUUCCUCUGGCCACAGAUGAAAGAAUUUUUUUGGGAGCAGCAGCCUCCUGCCCCGAGACUGACCGGAAAUGGCAGCACUUGCCUGUUGGAGAAAUUUUCUGGCCCGUCUUUUAAAAUGUGAGCACCGUGGUGAAGCCCCGUCCUGUCUGAGCAUUGAGACUUCCUUAGCUGAGACCAUGACACCGUGCAGUUCUCACAGAGGAAAGUGCUGUUCCCGGUGGCCCUGCACAGAGCGGCCUUGGGUGCAGCUGCUGUCAAGAGCAGACAGUGUUCCGGACUGCUGGGCACCUGGCCUGGGCCGUGUGCCUCCAGCGCGCUGCCCGCUGGCCCCAGCGCAGGGCCUCCAGGAGCAGCUUAGACCCUCUUCCCCAGAGUUCUGCAGUUUGAGCCUUCCUCCAGCCCACCUUCUCCUCAGCCACAGUCACCCCCAAGCACCAGGGUGGCUCCUGGUGCCAGCGACCUGCCAGGAGGCCCCUUGUGAUUAUAAACCCAUUAAGUAGGGCGGGUGUGGUGAUGGGCGCCUGUCAUCCCAGCCACCUGGGAGGCUGAGACACGAGAAUUGCUUGAACCUGGGAGGCGGAGGUUGCCGUGAGCCGAGAUCAUGCCAUUGUACUCCAGCCUGGGCAACAAGAGCAAAACUAAUCUCAAAAAUAAAUAAUAAAACCGUUAAUAAGGAGAAUUCAGAGAAAAGUGGAAGGAGGCGCUGCAGCCACGUCCCUGCCCUGAGGCUGCGUUUCUCCAGCGCCUCCGGGAUUACUUGGGAUGCCCACGUGGCACUGGCCGCAGGGCUCUGUCCGGGGUCCGCCCUAACCCCCGUGUGGUGAUGGACAUCUCUGGACAAGUAUUUAUUUUUAUUUUUAAAAUUUUUUCUUGAGACGGAGUUUCCCUCUUGUUGCCCAGGUGGCGUGCAGUGGCGCAAUCUCGGCU